GACAACCAUCUCCUCAAUAUCUGUGUCGUGACGACAAAUUUUUUACAACGACAAAGGGGAAACCUUUUGUGUACAAGAAAACUUGUUGUGAUAUUAAAAUAGAUUAAUCAUAUGAAAUAAUCAGUUUAAAAAACUGUUAGGCCUUUAACGGAGUCGUAAGCGAGCCAAUUCAAAAUGUCAACUCCUGCCAGAAGACGCCUAAUGAGAGAUUUCAAACGUUUACAAGAGGAUCCUCCUACUGGUGUCUCCGGUGCUCCAACAGAUAACAACAUCAUGAUCUGGAAUGCUGUUAUAUUUGGCCCACAUGAUACUCCUUUUGAGGAUGGAACAUUUAAACUAACUAUUGAAUUUACAGAAGAAUACCCUAACAAACCUCCUACAGUACGAUUUGUAUCCAAAAUGUUUCAUCCAAAUGUUUAUGCUGAUGGUGGUAUUUGUUUAGACAUCUUGCAAAACAGAUGGAGUCCUACUUAUGAUGUUUCUGCAAUUUUAACAUCUAUACAAUCAUUACUCAGUGACCCUAACCCUAAUUCACCAGCUAAUUCAAUGGCAGCACAACUAUACAAGGAGAAUAGGAGGGAAUAUGAAAAACGGGUGAAAGCAUGUGUAGAACAAUCAUUUAUUGAUUAGCAGGGGAAAGCCAGGACCUCAGACAUCAGAGACAUGCAGGAUCUGUGCUGAUGACACCGGCGUAUACCUCCAUGUAAAUUCAUUGGGACAAGAGUGUUUUUGCAAAUAAACCUAAACAACAAUUUGAACUAAUCAGUUCAGUAAAUUGUGAUCCUGGGUAAAAUAAUAUUUCAUCAUACACUCAGAUUUCUAAACUUAAAAUAAUUGUAUGGUUAAUCAUUAUUCAUUGUAAACUAUAUAAAAAAACUUAACUUUAAAGCAAUAAUACUAAGUUAUUCAAAUUUAGCUAAUAAAAAAACAGUACUUUUGUGUGGUUUAUUUGUUUUUCUAACAACAUCUCAAAGUUACCAUAGAUUUGCAUUACCAAUCAAAAUAUUUUGAAUGUUUGGAAUAUUUCAUGGAACAUAUAGUAUAUAAUAAAAUAAAAUUAUGCUGAAUACAUUCAGGCUUCACUAUAGAAUUAAUUCAUUUGAGCUACUUAUAUUUUUACUAAUAAGAAUAUUUACUCCAUUGUCUUUUUCAUAUGUGAAUAUUUUUAUGUUAUGUUUGAUGCAAAUUUAUUUGUUAGUUCUACAGUUUAUGUAGGAUACUACAAUAAACUAUACUUUUGG